AGACUCGUUUCUGAAUACAAUAACGUAACAUGAGAGGGUUCUGAAUUGAAUCUCUAGACUAAGUGAUGGGCUCCUUCAGAGACCUCACAAGGCUCCUCAACGGCCUCUCCCUAGUCGCCAACGAGUUCGCCAAACGCUCCUUACCCGCCGAUUUCCAAACCCUAAUCAACAAAACCCUCGUCUCCGCCACCGACCUCUCCGGCAUCACCAAGGGAAAGCUUCACUCAUUCCCCACCGCUUCUAGCUCCACCACCUCUCAUUCCGUCGUUGUUUUCGCCGACAAUCCUUCUUCUCCUUCUCAUUCAACAAACAUCGACCGUCUUGCCGAUUCUUCUUCCCACGCGGAUGUUAGUGCGCUGGCGGAGGACAAAUGCGAGCCUCUCACCUCACCUGAAACGGAAGAAAAGCCGCCGCCGCCGCCGCCUCCGCCGUUGAGGAGGCGAAGGCCGAGGGAGAGGAAGGUUCCCGCAACUCCAUUUACCAGGGCUCUCGGGUUUGCGGGGCUAGGAGCAGGUCUUGCGUGGGGGACACUUCAGGAAUCUGCCAAGAGGAUUGCCUUUGGUACGCCAAAUUCGGAGGGCAAUAAAUCUGCACUUUCCCCGUUCUUGUCUGAGAAAAAUGCAGAACGCUUGGCUCUUGCACUAUGUAGAAUGCGUGGAGCCGCGUUAAAAAUUGGGCAGAUGUUGAGCAUACAGGAUGAGUCACUUGUUCCUGCUCCGAUUCUGGCUGCAUUAGAAAUUGUCCGUCAAGGCGCAGAUGUGAUGCCAAAGAACCAGCUUAAUCAAGUUUUAAAUGCUGAAUUAGGUCCUGGCUGGUCAUCAAAAUUAAUUAGUUUUGACUAUGAACCUAUAGCUGCUGCUAGUAUUGGCCAGGUGCACCAAGCUGUCAUGAAGGAUGGAAUGCAAGUUGCAAUGAAAAUUCAGUACCCUGGUGUUGCAGAUAGCAUUGAUAGUGACAUUGAGAAUGUGAAGCUUCUUUUAAACUACACAAAUCUAAUUCCUAAAGGACUUUAUCUUGACAGAGCUAUAAAGGUGGCCAAAGAAGAAUUAUCUCGAGAGUGUGAUUACAAGUUGGAGGCUGCAAACCAGAAGCGGUUCCGAGAUCUUCUUACUGGUGCAGACGGAUUUUAUGUUCCAAUAGUUGUGGAUGAUAUUUCAAGCAAAAGAGUAUUAACUACUGAGCUUGUUCAUGGAAUUCCAAUUGACAAAGUGGCGUUACUGGACCAGGAAACUCGUAAUUAUAUUGGGAAGAAGUUAUUAGAACUCACAUUGAUGGAGUUAUUUGUCUUCCGAUUUAUGCAGACUGAUCCUAAUUGGGGUAAUUUCUUAUUUGAUGAAGCCACAAAGACAAUCAAUCUGAUUGAUUUUGGAGCAGCUCGGGAUUUCCCUAAAAGUUUUGUUGAUGAUUAUUUGAGAAUGGUUCUAGCAUGUGCAAAUGGUGAUAGUAAUGGAGUCAUUGAGAUGUCCAAGAGACUUGGGUUCCUAACUGGAAUGGAAUCAGAUGUGAUGCUAGAUGCCCAUGUCCAAGCUGGGUUUGUUGUGGGUUUGCCAUUCUCAAGACCUGGUGGAUUUGAUUUCCGAUCAGCCAACAUUACCCAAAGCAUUUCUCAUCUUGGGGCAACAAUGCUAAAGCACAGGCUCACUCCUCCACCUGAUGAAGCCUAUAGUCUGCACAGAAAGCUUUCCGGUGCUUUUUUGGCAUGCAUCAAGAUUGGGGCCGUCGUCCCAUGUAGGGAACUGCUGCUUGAAGUAUAUAAGCAUCAUAAGUUUGGUGAAGAAAAUCAGAUAUUAUCAAGUGACACAAUGUCUGCAUAGGUUAAUUAUUUUCUCCAAUUUAUUUUUGCCAAGUAUAAUAAUUUGUGGGAAGCUAAUUUUUGCCCGAGCUCCUUUACAGGAAUAUUUCAAUUUGUUCCACCAAUGGGGUCCUUCUGUGGGAUAAUUUCCCCCUCUCCAUUUGUAACUUUAGUUGCUUAUAGUGUUUCCCAGAUAGAUUUUAUUGUAACUUUAGUUGCUUAUAGAGUUUCCCAGAUAGAUUUUAUUUGAAAGGUGAUUGAUAGUUGAUUGAUGUUUAACGUUGGUUGUAUACAGUUUGUAAUGUCAAAUGUGCACCACCAUCGUCAAUUAAUCUAUUGGCAGUAUGCUAGUUCUAUCAUCUGUCUUAUAUAAAUUAUAAUCUGUAUUAUUAGUUGUCA